CAAAUUCUCUCUCUCUCCCUUUGUUUCCAAAACCCAAACUUGAAAAGUUUCAGCUCCAUCCUCGCCCAAUCACUGGAGCUGAAGCCGAAUGCCUCAUUCCCAAUUCACUGCUCCCUCACUUUAACCCCUCUCUCUCUUUUCUCAUUUCUAUUUUCAUGGAAAACAAUGUGACCCAUGAAUCCAUUACCGCCGACGACGACGAUGACAAACCCCUCGGAAACGGCGGAGGACGCGGCGCCACCAUUGCCGAGAGGAGGGCGGCGACGACCGGUUUCAACGCCGAGGCGAUAACUUCAACCAGGUUGAGCGCACUGGAUCCCCCAUCUCCCUGCUCGCCUUACCUCACUAUUCCUCCUGGGAUCAGCCCUACUGCUUUGUUGGAUUCUCCUGUAAUGUUGCCAAAUGCUCAGACAUCUCCCACCACUGGAACAUUUCACAAUCAUGAUGGUCAAGUGGUGAAUCAUAUCAAGCGUGAUAGAGACAACAGUAUAGUUUCUUCUUUCACAUUAAAGACAUGGAAUAUGGAUUCUCAACCAAGUUUUUCCGGUAUAGAAGAUCAGGUUUCUUCCUCUUUCAAUCUUGUUCAAAAUGUUGAGGUUGAUUAUCAACCUGUUGUCCAUAUGGAUUUGAAAUUUUCUGCAUAUUUUCCAAAAGAAGCUAUCUCGAGGAGUUUUGCAGCAGAUUCAGUUGUUGAUGUUGGAAUUUUAAAUAACAUUGUAAACAAUAACUCUAUUUUGGGAUUCCAUCAUUCCGAGUUUGGUAGUGAUCGAACAUCUUUUCAGAAAGAACCUCUUAAUGGACAAGAUGUACGCAUGCUGGAAGUCGAUCAGAAGGGUGGAAACAUUGCUAUAGGAACAGCAAGAACAUCAGAAGAUGGUUAUAAUUGGAGGAAGUAUGGACAGAAACAGGUAAAAGGAAGUGAAUAUCCACGAAGCUAUUAUAAAUGUACCCAUCCAAAUUGUCAGGUGAAGAAGAAGGUAGAACGCUCACUUGAUGGCCAAAUUACUGAAAUCAUCUACAAGGGUGCUCAUAAUCACUCAAUGCCUCAGCUUUGUCGUCGGCCAUCACUUGGGUCCACUUUAUCAUCUGAGGAAAUGUUAGAGAGUGCAGAAGGCACUGGAACUUGUGUCAAAGUUGAAGGUGGUUUAAUUUGGAGAUAUUCCCAAGCUGGUUCAAAGGAUAUGAAGCUUGGAUCUGAUUCGAAAGCUGAUGGUCUGGAAAGAACAUUAUCAGCAUCUAUUGUAACUGAUAUUUCUGAUCGGCUAUCAACUGCCCAAGGGAAAUCUGUUGGUUUGUUUGAAUCAGCUGAAACUCCUGAAUUCUCAUCAACACUUGCUAGUCACGAUGAUGAUAAUGAUGAUAGGCCAACCCAGGGAAGUAUAUCACUCUGUGAUGAUACAGCUAAUGACGAUGAGUCUGAAUCAAAAAGAAGGAAGACAGAGAGCUGCAUCACUGAGAUGAAUGUGGCAUCUGGGACUUCCCGUGAACCAAGAGUAGUUGUGCAAAUAGAAAGUGAUGUGGACAUACUCGAUGAUGGCUAUCGUUGGAGGAAGUAUGGACAGAAGGUUGUCAAGGGAAACCCUAAUCCUAGGAGUUACUAUAAAUGCACAAGUCCUGGAUGUCCUGUGAGAAAGCAUGUGGAAAGAGCUUCCCAUAACCUUAAAUGUGUGCUCACAACAUAUGAUGGAAAGCACAAUCAUGAAGUUCCAGCAGCCAGAAAUAGCAGUCAUGCUAACUCUAGUGGUUGUAAUUUUCCCCCUACCGGCCCCAACACUCAAGCCUCCCUUUCAUUAUCCAGAAGUGCCCAUGCUAUAAAGCCUGAAAUGCCAAUCCAAGAUUUUGCACCACCUUUUGAUCGAAAGCCUGAAUUUAAAAGUGAAUAUGUGAGGCCUAGUUUUCUUGGGGAUUUCAGUAAUGAUAUGAAGCUUGGUGCAGCUUCUCUCUCUUCCGUUUACCAAAUGAAGUUUCCUUCCAUACAGAAAGCUAUUCCUUAUAGCUCUUUUGGACUGAACCCAAACUGCAUUGCAACUCAUUCAUCUGGCUCAAUUGCAGUUCCAAAUUUUCCAAUUUUGCCUUUGAAUCUCUCAACACCUGCAAAUCUAUCAUUGACUGGUUUUGAUAUGAAUAAUGGUGGAAAAUCGACAGUUCCAACUCAUGCUUUCCUUCCAGGGCAACAGUUAAAAGAGAAUGGAGCGAGGUUCCAUGGGAUUAAGCAGGAGAUAAAGGAUGAUGACCUUUAUGAUCCUUGCCUUCCCAUUGUUGACCAUGCAAGUACAUCGUCAUCAUCAAUCUAUCAGCAGGCUAUUGCAAAAUUUUCAUCCUAGAUCAUGUUAUUUAUAAGAUGGUGCUUGCUUCAACACGAGUUUCUCCAAAAUUGAAGGUAUGGAACCGUUUAUGAAAUGGGGGUACCUUCAUUGCUUGGGUGGAGAAAAUAAUGAAAAGGAAGAAUGUGGUGGUAAAAAUGAGAGCAAGAGAUGAAGAUGCUACAGGGACUUUCUGGCAUGGCUUCACCAGAGCUUUCCUUUCAUUUUGGUAAUCACAAUAAAAAGUUGCAAUUCUUUUGAUUGAAUCAAAUAAAAAAAGUAGGAUAGGCUGAGGUGCAGAUUUGGGAAUGGCCUUUGUACAUAAACAAUAAAUUAAUAAUCCCCCAAAUCUGUAUUUAAUGGCUCAAAGUCAUUUGAUUCUAAAUUGAAGAUGAUACUUUUGGAUGAUCUCAUGCAGCAGUAAAUUGUAAUAAUCUUUUGGUUCAUGGAAAACAUUAUUACCCCAAGU